AAAUAAAUAAAUGAAAUUGUUAUUAUCUUUAAUUCUUUUAGUAUUUACCGUAUUUUACUAUUCAAAUGCAGAGGUCACCGCAACAACUCCUGAAAAAUGUUUAAAUUCAUUACAAAAAUACUUUGUUGAUGGACAGAAUUGUGGUAUUGAAAUAACAUAUAUAGAUCCAAGUGGUAAAGUUGUAUAUGCUAGAGGUAAUUCAAAGACAGGAUAUCUAUUUUCACCAGAUUUGGCAAAUGUAGAUUCUUAUGCAGCAUUAAGUAGUCAAAAUGAAGAUUGUUUUGAAGGAAAGAAACAAAUUUUUUCAGAUAAAAAAACAGUUGAAGGUUUUUAUGAUUCAAGAUCAUUCCGUAUUAGUAAAGCCGGCGUUGCCACUGUAAAUAAUGAAGGCACACUCCGUACUUUCCCACUUACCGAUUGCAAUGAUCAAGGUAAUAUCUUUAAUGGUUAUACAGAUACUGGUAGAUUAUAUACAUUCCAUUUAAAUUCUGCAACAAAAUAUGACUUGGUUGCUUCACAAUGCAAUGGAAAUGGUGGUACUUCAACAACUGAAAGCACUUUAACCACUACCACUACUGGCGGCAGCACAACAACCGGUGGAAGCAGUACCACUGGUGGUAACGAUAACACUGAUUUCAGUAAAAUUCAAUACGAUGCUUCAGUAGAGAACACAUGGACCGAAAAUGGCCAAACCUAUAGCUAUGUUACCGUAAAAAUCAAUAAUUCAGGUUUACCUAAUGUCAAUAAAUUAGUUUUCGAACUCACAGCUACACCAAAAGAAAACUCUGUUUGGGGCGCAGAAAAAAAUUCAAAUGGCUAUUACGCAAUCCCAGCAGGUUAUCCAUUAACAGAAACCCAAAAAUAUGUUUUCAAUUUCAUUAUGUUGGGUAGUCAAAAACCAACCUUCAGAACAAUUUCAAUUAAUUAAUUUUAAUUUAAAUUUUAUCCAAAUUAAAAAAAAAAAAAAUUUAUUUUAAUUAAAAUAAUAAUAAAAGAAAAAUCUAUUUAUUUUUU